AUGACAAACCAACCUCAAGAAAAAAAAGAAGUUGACAAGUUAUUUUCUUCAUUAAACCCAUUCUUUGAUAUAAUAUUUAAAGGAAAAGGAAUUAGUUUAGGAGAAUUAAAUAAAUAUUAUUGUAGUGUAUAUAGUUGUUUUGAAGAUGUCUCAUAUGCAGGAGAUUAUGGACUAGAAAAACUUGAAGAAGUAUUGAAUGAGUAUUUAGUAAAUAAAACUAAAAUAUUAAGUCAAACAGAAAAAAGAAAAAUACCAAAACAAUUACAAAAUAUUUUUGAACAAUGGAAAAAUAUUAGAAAGAAUAUUUUAUUUGUAUUUGGUACAUUAGAUUUUUGUCCACACCAAAAAGUUAAUGGAACAGUAAAGUCAGUAUUAAAACAUUCAUUUAAACAUGUAUUCUUUAAAUAUUUAAUAAAACAAAUAGACUUAUUUAAUAUAUUAAUUAAUAUAAUAUCAGAAAGUAGAUUUAAUAAAGGAUUAACAAUAGAAGAAUAUGAAUCAAUUCUUUCAAUUCUUCAAUUUCAUUUUGAUGAACAAUUAUCAUUUUACCUUCAAUCAUUUCAAAAACAAUUUGAAGAACAAACAAUGACAGAUUAUAAUAAAUUUAUUAAUAAAAUAAAAACAUUACCAAUUCAUGAAUGUUUAAUUUUAUUAGAAAGAUUUAUUGAAAAUGAAAAUGAUUUAAUUAAAACAGCAUUACUUCCAAAUAUGCAACAACCAAUAAAAGAAAUGUUAAAUAAAGAAGUAUUAUUAAAAUUAACAACAAAAGCAUUAACAGUAUUUCCAGAACUUCUUAUUAAAAAAGAAAAAGAGGAUAUUCAAAUUAUUAGUUUAUUAUGGAAUAAAACAAAAGAAAAUAAUGAAUUUCUUAAUCCUAUUGAUGAAUAUUUUAGAUUAAAGUUUCAUAAAGAACUUGAAGAAGAAAGUAAAAAAGAAGGAUUUAAUAAGAAUAUAAAACAAAUAGUUUAUUUCUUAUUUAAAUUUAAAAAUUUAACAGAAGAAUUAAAAAAAGAAUAUUUUAAAGGAAAUAUUAUUUUUGGUGAAUGUGUUACAAAUUCAUUUAAAUCUUGUUUAGUUAAAAAUAAAAUUACAAAUGAAGGUGAUGAAAAACAAACAGAAGUUCUUUUAGCUACUUUUAUUCAUAAUAUUAUGACAAAUAUUAAAUCAGAAGAAGAUACAAUGAAAGAACUAACAAAUGUGUUAGAUAUCGUUUCUUAUUUAACUGAUAAAGAAUCAUUUAUUAUAUUACAUCAAAAAUUUUUAUUAAAAAGAAUUAUUCAAAAUACUAUAAAAUCUAUUUUAUUAGAAUCUUCAGUUGUUGAUGACAUUUCUAAAAAUUUCUCUUGUUCUGCUUCUUUUAAAUUAAAACAAAUUAUAAAAGACUAUACAUUGUCUUUAGAAAUGACUAAAGAAUUUUGUAAUAAAAAUCAAAUUCCAUUAAAAUUAAACAUUAUUGUUUUCUCUAAAUUUUUAUUUAAUGCAAAUGAUAUUUAUUGCUCAAUUCAAAUGGAUAGUUAUCUUCAAAAUAUUUGGAAUUUAUUUGUUACUUCUUAUAAAAGUAUUCAUACAGAUAGAAAAUUAGAAUUAAAUCAAUUAUGUUGUUCUGUUAUUCUUUCUUAUUAUAAUGGAAUAAAAGAAUCCAAAUUAGAAAUUAGUUAUAUUCAAUAUUGUAUUUUAAUGAAAUUACAUGAUAAUGGAAAAUUAACUAUUAAUGAAUUACAAAAAUCUAUAGCUCCUUCAUUAGAUUCUUUUAAAUUCCAUUUAAAUUCUUUAAUCAAUUAUAAUAUUUUAUCUAGUUCAAAUGGCUUUGAAGGAAAUAGUCUGAUUUGGUUUACUAAUAAUUCAAUUACUGAUGGUUUCUUAUUAAAUAAAAUUGAUAAGAAAUUAGUAAAUAAUCAAAAUAAAAAUAAAGGAAAAACUAAAGAAAGUGAAUCAAAAAAAUUUACUGCUGUCAUUUGUUAUCAAGUUAAAUUAAUGAAACAAAGAAAAGACCUUAGUUAUAAUGAUCUUAUUAAAUGUACUCUUUCUCAAUUAAGUUCCUCAUUUAAUAUUGAUAUAAAAUUAGCUAAACAAGGUGUUGAAUAUCUAAUUGAAAAAGAAUAUAUCUUAAGAGAUGAACAAGACAAUGGAUUGUUCCAUUAUAUUGCUUAA